AUGGCGAUGUACGUCAAGGCGUUCGCGCUCGUGGUGAAGACGGCGAGUAAACCGCUGGCGAAGCGGCUGCGGGUGAUGAUCGAGGAGAGCGCGCGGGCGAGACGGAUCGCGAUCGACGCCGCGCGAUGGGCGUCGCGGGUGAGCGCGUUCGUCUCGCGGGACGACGUCGCGAUCGGGGAGAGCGGCACGCGGCGGGCGCGCGCGGCGGAGAAGAAGACGCUGGCGCGAGCGGCGAUGAGCGAGGAACAGGCGCUGCGGGCGGCGAGUGAGUUCGUGGGGGAGGCGUUCGUGUUCGCCGUGGCGGGCGGUGUCGUGUGGUGGGAGGUGGACAAGUCGAACGCGAAGGAUGAAAAGAGACGGGCGGACGCGGCGGCGGAGCGAGCGCAGCUGAGCCUGAUCAUAGACGCCCAGCACGAGACGAUGGCGGACAUGGCGGCGCUGAUCGAGGAUCUGAUGGCGUAUAAAAAGGCUUCGACGGCGGCCGUCGCGGCGUCGCAGCGCGAGGCGGCGGCGCGCUGA